CUAAAUCUGAUUUUGGACCAGUAGAUGCUCUUCUGCACCUGGCUUUGGUUGAGUGAACGCCUUCAAAUCUUGGCAUUGAAGUCUAGAUCUUUUCUAUCACUGUGUUGGGAUUUGUGUUUUGACUUUGACUCUUUGUAGCAUUGGUUCUGUCAUUAUUCUUUUAUAUGGUUUUGGAGUAAGCAUCUAAAAAGGGUAGGCAACCCAGAAUUAUUUUAGUACCUUUACUCGGUUUAUAUCUCGGGUUUGACAGAAUCAUGAUGGGUUAUUCUCCAAGAUUCUGUCUUGUUUUGCUUUUGUCCAUUUGUGGGGCGGUUUCUUUGGCUUCCCCCGUUGAGGAUCAAAGGAGAGAUAGAAUCACUCAGCUGCCAGGACAGCCUAAGAAUGUGGGGUUUGCUCAGUAUUCUGGCUAUGUGAAUGUGAAUGGUGGGAGAGCACUGUUUUACUGGUUGGUUGAGGCACCAGUGAGGCGUGGACCAAGGUCAAGACCAUUAGUGUUGUGGCUUAAUGGUGGCCCCGGAUGUUCCUCUAUUGCUUAUGGUGCUUCCGAGGAAAUUGGCCCUUUUCACAUUAGGCCUGAUGGCAAGUCACUUUACUUGAAUCCUUAUGCUUGGAACAAUUUGGCAAAUAUACUAUUCCUUGAUUCUCCUGCUGGUGUUGGUUUUUCAUAUGCCAAUAAAACAACCGAUCUAUAUACAUUUGGUGACCAGAAAACAGCUGAAGAUGCAUACACUUUUCUUGUUAAUUGGUUUGAAAGGUUUCCUCAGUAUAAGCAUAGAGAAUUCUACAUUGCUGGAGAAAGUUAUGCAGGUCACUAUGUUCCUCAGUUGGCUCAAAUUGUUCACCAGAAAAAUAAGGGAAUCAAGAAUCCGGUUAUAAAUUUUAAGGGAUUUAUGGUUGGGAAUGCUGUUACCGAUGAUUAUCAUGAUUAUGUUGGCACAUUUGAAUAUUGGUGGACCCAUGGUUUGGUUUCAGAUUCCACUUAUAAGAUGCUAAAAACUGCCUGCGAUUUUGGGUCCUCCCUGCAUCCACCAGUGCAAUGCAUGCAGGCUCUCAAAGUUGCAGUUGAUGAGCAGGGAAACAUUGAUCCAUAUAGCAUCUAUACACAGCCUUGUAACAAUACAGCAUCACUCAGACGCGGUUUGAAGGGUCGCUAUCCAUGGAUGUCUCGAGCAUAUGAUCCAUGUACUGAAAGGUAUUCUGAUGUGUAUUUCAACCGUCCAGAAGUUCAGAAGGCACUUCAUGCCAAUGUAACUGGGAUUCCUUAUGCAUGGAAGGCAUGCAGUGAUAUUGUCGGGAACUAUUGGACUGAUUCUCCAUUAUCUAUGCUUCCUAUAUAUCAAGAACUUAUUAAUGCUAGCCUCCGAAUAUGGGUUUACAGUGGGGACACUGAUGCUGUGGUUCCAGUGACUGCUACUCGAUAUUCAAUUGACGCCUUGAAGCUACCUACCAUCACCAAUUGGUACCCUUGGUAUGAUAAUGGCAAGGUUGGUGGGUGGAGUCAAGUUUAUAAUGGGUUGACAUUGGUUACUGUAAGAGGAGCUGGACAUGAGGUUCCUCUUCAUAGGCCUCGUCAAGCAUUUAUUCUUUUUAGGUCAUUCUUGGAGAACAAGUCCAUGCCAUCGUCAACUUAAUUAGACAUUUGUUCUUUCAAGUACAGGUAGAACCAUAAGUACCACAAUUCUUGCACCAAGGCUAAGAAUAAUUGCCAUUCAUAUACACAUGGAACAGGCCGAGACAAAAUAAGGAAUUCAACCCUCAUGAGUUCACUCUUGGUUCUCAGCCUGCAAAAUUGAUAAAUUUUCCAAUAGUAAUUCUUCUAUUUCUAUUUGUUAAUGGAAAUGUGAUUAUUUCAUAUUUGUAUGAAGUUCUAUUCUUUAUAUGGUUUCCAUUGUGCAAGACAAAUGUCAUAUCUUGUAUAUUCAAAGGAUCCUGGCUUCCAAGUAAUGGAGACUUCUUAUAUCUAUGUAUAA